AUGGUGACCGCCAAGAAGCGCGACGCGCUCGCGAAGUACACCGCAGGUCAGACCAUGAUACUUCGGCCUUUCCCGAAUCCCGCCCCCCCUCAUUCCAUGGGCAUCUUUCCCAAACCUGUUGAAACGGCAUCUGACGGCCGCUCCUUCGAGGACUACACCGCGCAGCAGCCCAGCAAUUUCGAUCCGGAUAUCCAAUACGAGGAUGACGAACUACUAAAACUUAACAUCGUGGAAACGAUCUCUGGCGGUGAAAGUCACAACCGACAAAUACUGCUUUGCAAAACCGACAAGACCCCUCGCACAAACUUUGGACAUUCGCCUAUUCCCGUCUUUGGCGACAAGAAGCAAUGUAUCAUGGCCAUAGUCAUCGAUGCAGUUUGCUUCGAAGAUUCGGCCUGGGCCGACUCUCACUUCUGCCGCCGGGCUGCUGUGCUCCAACACCUUUACAGGUCUAGAACCGAAUCCGAUACUAUCAAUCCGACAUACUAUGGCACAUGGGUCUUGGAGGCAUACGACAGUGCAGAGAAUUUUCCCGGAAGCAAGCGAUAUGUCGGUGUUAUACUUAGGGAGCAUCUCGAAGGCGAGACCAUUGGCGGAUUGUGCACACGCGAGCAGACAGAUGAAGACGACGAACUCGGCAGGCUCAUUGCACCUUCGAACCAGGUCUUGCGUGUUGGCACUGACGGCAAAGUAUUCGUGCUUGAUGCCAAUCACCAAGUCCGCCAUGAGAUCACGAUGCAGCUUAUGCACGGCAUCGUCACCAAUGAGCAUCGCGGCGUGCGACACACAAUGAUAUGUGCCAAAGAUGUCAUGGUGGUUUUCCGACGACAUGGAGAGCUCCUACAGAGACCGCAGGCUGUGCUACUAGGUACUCUGCUCACCCACGUGUGGUCCACGCUUGAAGAACGCUACCAAAACAAGCAUGAUCGUCGGCGACGAGGCAAAAUGCCUCUCCAUCCAUUCGAUCGAUUUACGCAUAACGAUCUCGAAAAUCUCGAUGGCUGGUACGAUGUUGACUGGUGCGACGACAACAGAUUCAAGCUUGAUGCAUGGAUGUUGAGGCAGUUCGGGCUCAUGGACGAAGCAGAGGACCAACGUCGCUAUCUUACUUGGGAAGACUUGAGGCAGAAGGAGAGCGACGUUACUGGGGCUAGGAAUGAGCGCUUGAAAACGGCUUUUGCGUUCAUCGCAACAGGAGGAAGUCGCAGCUUCCCUGACUGCAGCCUCUCAGUUAUUCCAUACCAGCCUCCCCCGCAGGCUGGCAACAAGAUCACCCCGAUGUUCGGAAACUUCAGGCAUGAGAACAUGGCCAGGUAUUUGAAGGCCCGGCCUGAUCGUCGACAUCCUCACUGGCGAAUGUUCGAACUAGCCGCGACAGAUGGCCCCCGAGAAUUGAAGGAGCCGGAUAUCGAACUCAGAGCGGCGCUUGCUUGGUUGGUGGCUGCUGUUCAGCUUUUAUCAACGAGAAUCGAUCUCAACGAGAAGCGCUCCGGAGGGGAUGACGUGACGCUCCAGAGAGAGUUCUUGGAACAGAUUAGGUGCAAGUUGCUCAAAAGAAAGAGAGACGAGUCAGACAAGUCAGAUAUCUGA